AGAGUUAGUUGGGGAAAGGAGGGUGGGAGCGCCCCCCCCCCACCGACAAAUGUCUCGAUGGAUCCACUCCUUCAUAACCCAACUCUUGUUCAGACUUGCGCAGAUGGUCAAAGUGUCCAAUCGGACUCUGACUCUCCUCAAAUAACCAUUGCGUGACAUUAUGAGAGCUGAGUCAAAAACUGACCCCUAGACCGCUUCUUUGUUUUAUUUUGGAUAGCAUAAAGUAAAAGUUAAAUUAAAUAUAGCCAAACACCCUCAGGAGAAAGAGCGCGUGGUAGCAUGUGAAUGUCUGCCGGUCUCCUUGCGCACUCUACGCUCUCGCUGGUGAUGCCAUGCCGCGAAGUCACACCGGCGAAGAGAGCGGCGGCAACGGGCUCUGGGUGAAAACCUCCAUUGGAAGCCGGGCGCAGGACUACCCCUUGAAAGAUGUGGAGUCUGGACGGAAGACGAUGAAUAACGCGGUCCGGGUCGGAGACGGUCUCCUGUCACCUGCCGCGGCAGGUGCGGCGGGACCAGAGAGGAAGCAGGGCGCCCGGCUCAGCCUGCUGGGGAAGCCGCUGACCUACAGCGCGCAGAGUGGGCGCAGGAACGCGCGGUACCGGCGGCUCCAGAAUUACCUCUACAACGUGUUGGAGAGACCAAGGGAAUGGGCUUUUGUCUACCACGCUUUUGUGUUCAUCCUGGUAUUUGGAUGUCUGGUCCUCUCUGUAUUUUCCACCAUUCCUGCUCACCAGGAAUUUUCCUCACACUGCUUGCUCAUCCUGGAGUUUGUGAUGAUUGUAGUGUUUGGCCUGGAGUACAUUAUUAGGAUAUGGAGUGCUGGUUGCUGCUGUCGCUACAGAGGGUGGCAGGGACGCCUCCGCUUUGCCAGGAAACCCUUCUGUGUCAUAGAUAUCAUCGUACUUAUCACCUCAGUUGCUGUGGUUUCAGCUGGUAGCCAAGGUAACGUCUUUGCCACCUCUGCGUUGCGUAGCCUUCGUUUCCUUCAGAUCCUGCGCAUGGUGCGUAUGGACCGCAGGGGAGGAACAUGGAAACUGCUCGGCUCUGUAGUUUAUGCACAUAGUAAGGAGCUGGUGACUGCUUGGUAUAUUGGGUUCCUGGUGCUUAUCUUCUCCUCCUUCCUGGUCUAUCUGGUGGAGAAAGAAUUUAACAAGGAGUUUGACACAUAUGCUGAUGCUCUGUGGUGGGGCACGAUCACUCUAACAACUAUUGGCUAUGGUGACAAGACCCCGCAGACAUGGACAGGACGGCUAUUAUCAGCUGGUUUUGCUCUACUGGGGAUCUCCUUCUUUGCCCUGCCAGCUGGAAUCCUGGGGUCAGGGUUUGCCCUGAAGGUGCAGGAGCAGCAUCGGCAGAAGCACUUUGAAAAAAGAAGGAACCCAGCUGCCAGCCUCAUCCAGUGUGUCUGGCGUAGUUAUGCUGCUGAUGAGAACUCGGUUUCCAUUGCUACCUGGAAGCCUCAUUUGAAGGCGUUGCAUACCUGCAGUCCUGCCAAGAAAGAGCAGGGCGAGACUACUUACAGUCAGAAGUUGAGCUUUAAAGAGCGGGUCCGGAUGGCAAGUCCUCGAGGUCAGAGCAUGAAGAGCCGGCAGACGUCCAUAAAUGACCGCCAGCGCUGUUCCCCUGGCAACGAGGUGGUGGGCAGCAGUGAGCUGAUGGGCGGGAGCCCUGCCAAAGUGCAGAAGAGCUGGAGCUUCAACGAUCGCACCCGGUUUAGACCAUCUCUGAGGCUGAAGAGCCAAACUCGCACUGCUGCCCCAGAUGUUGACGCAGGCAUGACCACGGAGGAUUCCUUUGAUGAGAGAGGCUGCCAUUGUGACGUUACAGUGGAGGAUCUUUCAGCUCCCCUCAAGGCGGUCAUCAGAGCUGUCAGGAUCAUGAAAUUCCAUGUGGCAAAGAAGAAGUUUAAGGAAACUUUGCGUCCAUAUGAUGUGAAGGAUGUGAUUGAGCAGUACUCUGCAGGACACCUGGACAUGCUCUGUCGCAUCAAGAGUCUUCAGACCAGAGUGGAUCAGAUUCUGGGAAAAGGCCAAAUUCCUAUGGAUAAGAAACCAAGGGACAAACUGCUCCAGGAUGGAGACUCUCUGGAGGGCAUGAGCAUGCUGGGACGUGUUCAUAAAGUGGAGAGACAGGUCACCUCCAUCGAGUCAAAGUUAGACUCUUUGCUGGAUAUUUAUCGGCAAGUCCUACAGAAAGGCCCUUCAGCUCUCACUCUGUCCUCCCUGCCUCUGUUUGAGCUGGACAACCAGCACCACCAGUCAGACUACCCAUCCUCCCCCCGGGGAGGUGAUCCCAUCAGAAGCCGAGGAGACAACAGUGGUGGCAUGCACCGUUCCCUUAGUGCUAAUCCCAGAGGCCUGCGCCUCAUAUUGGCACCUGCCGAUGACGAUGGUCCUCCAGACUCAGCACCUCCAUCCUACCCUCCAUCCACUGCCUCCCUCUCCCCAUCACCCCUGCUGCCCCCAGAUAGCCCUUACCCAACCUUGGUGACCCCUUCCAAAAAAGCACACUUCCCUGAUCUGCCGCCUCCGCCUCCCUCAACAGGAAGUUUCACCCUUCAGCUGCCCCCCAUAUUGCAGCCCUCUCACCACCGAUGCCCAACUGAUCUGGUCUCAGAUGAUAUGACAGAUGGAGUAGCAGUGGGUGAGGGGAGUCUGGGCCCCUCUGUUGUUGUGGGAGGCAGCAUUGAUGAUGACCAAGAGGGGGAGGACACUGAGGCAAGCUCUGUACAGGGAAGGGUGAAACUGCAGGAAAAGCCUGGCUUGAAAUCUGAGGGGGUCUGGAGGAGGCAUUUGAGCCUUGAGGUUAACCCCUUGCUGCUUCUCUCAUCUAACCAAGAGGGGAGGCCUUCAGACUGGGGAGGCAGUCUUGGGAAAUCCCUCUCCGUGCAUAACCUCAGCCAGCCUUUAACCAACCGCGCCCCCGGUCUCUCCUCUGCACUUAACAACAGCAGCAGCAGCAGCAACAGUAGCGAACGUGGCAACGGCCACGGUGACCUCAGCAACUGGGAUGGAACGGACCUCUUCAUUAAUGAUUGCAAGCUGGAGCCAGCAGAUGAACAUUUCAACUUCCUGUCUCAAGAACCUGAGAGCAGCCCCUCAGACAUUUUACAGACUGUGGAGGAGACCGUACCUCAUCCAAAUGGAAACUCAGAGUUUCACAGUCAGUCCUCACACAUACAGCUAGUAUAGACACACACAAUGACAAAACACACACAUAAACUCCAAACUGUAUGUACACACUAUUGUGGCUGAAGCCGCUUUUUAAAGUAUUUAUACAGGUGACUGCACACAUUAUGUUCCAGAUCUUACAAUUAGAUACUUUGUAUGUGAACAAACAAUGCUUUUCUAUUUUGUCUCGCAUGAUUAUGUCCAGAUACAUACAGGUUUUUAUUAUCCUACACACUUUUAAUGUGACACCUAAAUUACUACAGGCUAUACAGUAAAAGAAUGUACAAAUCUGAAUGCAAAUGGCCGUUUUCAUAUUACACAAAAUAUGAAAACAAUACUCAAAUAGGAGAGGUAGCAACAGAAAAGAUUUAAAAGGUUUAUUUUAAGAGAACAAAAAAGUAAUGUUUUUCUUUCUGACUUUAGAUAUCAGAGUGUACAUCCAAAUUAAAUCAUUUGACUCCUCACAGAAUCAGUGACGAGUCAGUUUUCCUUCUGUAUUUUUAGUCUGGACCUCCAACCAAAGAACUUAAUCUGGACUUUUCAGCAGAACAAGUCCAAUCUGUCAUAAAAGCAGGAAAAAAAAUAUUUUCAAUUAUGCUGGGGUGCAUUGAAAGUUGCAAGAGCUGAAAGCCUGUGCAAAUGAUACGUCAUGUUUGGCCAAACUUGCAAACACACACUGACACAGAUAACCAUUUAUCACAACCUUCAAGUACUCUAGGUAGAGUCAACUAGACCAAGAACUGCAAAUUAGGAAUGACAACAGUUUUUAUACAAAUGGUUAUGUUGGAGUAUUCUGUAAAGAAGAGGAGAGCUAUUCACUCUGCUUCAUCAGUGUUUGUCUUUGAAAACAUGCUGUCAUACAUAUCGCUGCAUGGACAGUUUCCAAAAAUAAAUGAAUGAAAAGAAAAGGCCUGCAGAGAUGGGAAAUGUUGAGCUGAGAAAACUGAUAAAAAUCAACAAACCCACAGCAUGUAUACAGACCAGACCAGCGUCUCAUUAUUAUGAAGAAAUUAUAACAUUUAUACGAUUUUUUAGUUUGUCAGUAAAUUGUAGUUUAAAUUGAUAUAGAAACCCAAUCAUAGCAGUUACCCAGUAUUGAACCACUUUCCACUGGGUUUGGAUAAUAGCCCAGUUAAUUCAUUGCUAAUGGUUCAGUUGCUGAACUGCAAUAAAUUAAACAAGGGGGCCGUCUCAACCAAGCAUGAGAUGCUGCAUGUCUAAGCCGUUGCAAAACUUAAAGACAUAAGGAGAGACUUAAGAGUUGCUGGUGGUCUGGUUGUCCUUCUGCAUGAUCAAAAUUGUUUUUACAAAUCUUUGACAAACAAAAUCUGCCUAUAUGUAGGUCUUUUUUUAUUCUAGGUUGAAUUAAUUUGGUAGUGAAGAGCAUAACCUAGAUGUGACUGUUAUGCUCUUUGUGUAACAUAUAAAAAGCAUUUUGUUCUUUUGUUGUUUUAUUUUGUUUUUGAGAAACCCUUUUUUACAUCUUGUGAAUCAGUUUAUGAAUAAAUGCUGCUAGACUGAUUUAAGACACAGUAUGAACAAGAAGAAGUGAAAAUUUAACUUACAGGGCAGAAUGUUAUCAGUUCAGCAUGCAUGUUAUUUCAUUCAAGUUUACUGAAAAGGUUAAUGUGGCUCAUGCAGUCGCAGUUCAUAUACACAGCAGUGGCAAUGAGGUCACUCUUGAAAUAAGAAAAUCAAAAGAGACUCAUCUGCAAUAAAAAUUAAAUGAGGCUUGCAUAUUGCUUUUUUUUUAUCUCUGUGCCCCAAAAAGAUCCUUUAUAAUUUACCCAGAUUAUGGUGCACAAUUAUGUAUCAUGCACCCUUAUCCUAGUUAAAAUAAUAAACAAUUUGAACUUAUUUUUACUGAAGUGGACUUGAGUAGUAGACAUUUAAUCUAUAUUCAAAUCAAAAAGUAAAUCUUUCACUGACAGGCUUUGGGAAAAAAAUUGUUUGUCUUAACUGACACCGUUUUCAUUGAUGCCCUGCUUGUAGAUGGGUUAAUUAUUAUGCACAAAAAAAUGUGUCAGCUUUUAUGUUUCUUUGGUUUCUAUUUUGAUUAAUUUUGUAAACAGUAACAGCAGUCUUAAAAAUGUCUUUUAUUGUUGUAAUGGCAUCCUUUUUUCAUCCUUAUUUUUAAAUAAUUUUCCCCAGUGAUAAAGUGCAUUUCUUAGAAAAUUAACCCUCUGUAAUGAAAUAUAACAAGUAUUCUUUUUUUUAACAAAUUACAAUUGUUAACACGUGUAUGAUUUUUAUAUAUUCUGUACACCCUGCAGGAGUUGUUCUGGUAUGAUGAAAUAUAAAUUUAUCACAAAGCUCAGCUGUUUCUGGUGAGUGCUAGGAGCCUGACAAAUGUGACAUGGUAGGUUAAUGCUCGUCUGUUAUUGGAAUAGAUUUGUUGUAGUUAUUGAUUGAAUUUUGCUACAUAUGAUAAACUCUGUAAGCGUAUGGACUCCCAUCCUAGAGGGGCUGUUCCCCCCAUAAAACAUGCUUACUUUUGCAAUCUGUAAAUUGCUUGAGGGUGCCUUUAUUGCAUAUAAAAUCCUUUUAUUUUGAUCUGAUAGAGUUAUGAAGGCACAGUUUGCCAACAGCCUAUAUUAUAAUGUACUGAAGUCAAACUGCUUAUUUUGGAUGGGGCAUCCAGUGUCAUUAAGUCAUGUCAGUAAAGCCACAAACUUUAUGGCCUGGGUGGCUGAUAAUACCAUUUCUCUACUGCUUGAACGGUAAUUUAUUACACAGAUGGCCUUAAAGCUUGAUAAUGUAAACAUUAUUAUUCAUUUGAAAUUAAUUUAUUUAAGUGCACAUUAUGUUCUCUGAAUGAGAAAUGCAAAAAUAAUU